AUGAUGUCCAACGCCGCGGCCAGGCCGCGCCGGCGCGCUCGCGCGCGCGGCGCGCGCGCGACGCGCCGGCCCCGCACGCCGGCGCGCCGCCCGCAGCAGUUCCCGCAGUUCCACGUCAAGUCCAGCCUGCAGAUCAGGAAGAACGCCAUCAUCGACGACUACAAGGUCAACAGCCAGGUCCUGGGGCUGGGCAUCAACGGCAAAGUUCUGCAGAUCUUCAGCAAGCGCACCCAGGAGAAAUUCGCCCUGAAAAUGCUCCAGGACUGCCCGAAGGCGCGCCGGGAGGUGGAGCUGCACUGGCGGGCCUCCCAGUGCCCGCACAUCGUGCGCAUCGUGGACGUCUACGAGAACCUGUACGCGGGGAGGAAGUGCCUGCUCAUCGUCAUGGAGUGUCUGGAUGGAGGAGAGCUCUUCAGCCGAAUCCAGGACCGAGGAGACCAGGCGUUCACGGAAAGAGAAGCGUCAGAAAUCAUGAAGAGCAUCGGCGAGGCCAUCCAGUAUUUGCACUCGAUCAACAUUGCCCAUCGGGACGUCAAGCCCGAGAAUCUCCUAUACACCUCCAAAAGGCCCAAUGCCAUUCUCAAACUCACCGAUUUUGGCUUUGCCAAGGAAACCACCAGCCACAACUCUUUGACCACUCCCUGUUAUACGCCAUACUACGUGGCUCCGGAAGUGCUGGGCCCGGAGAAGUAUGACAAGUCCUGUGACAUGUGGUCCCUGGGUGUCAUCAUGUACAUCCUGCUGUGCGGCUACCCCCCCUUCUACUCCAACCACGGCCUCGCCAUCUCUCCGGGCAUGAAGACGCGCAUCCGAAUGGGCCAGUAUGAAUUUCCCAACCCAGAGUGGUCGGAAGUAUCAGAGGAAGUGAAGAUGCUCAUCCGGAACCUGCUGAAAACAGAGCCCACGCAGAGGAUGACCAUCACGGAGUUCAUGAACCACCCCUGGAUCAUGCAAUCGACAAAGGUCCCUCAAACCCCACUGCACACCAGCCGGGUCCUGAAGGAAGACAAGGAGCGGUGGGAGGACGUCAAGGAGGAGAUGACCAGUGCCUUGGCCACCAUGCGCGUCGACUACGAGCAGAUCAAGAUAAAAAAGAUCGAAGAUGCGUCCAACCCUCUGCUUCUGAAGAGGCGGAAGAAGGCCCGGGCCCUGGAGGCUGCAGCCCUGGCCCACUGAGCCUCGGGCCCCCGCCCCGCUGGAGGACAAGCAAUAACUCUCUACAUAGAUGUGUUUUUUAAACGCGGAGACACAGAACUGCCCACUGCCACCUCCUCUCCUCAGCCGCGUGGAGCCCCAACUGUGCCGGCGGCCGGAUUCGGCCUUCGGUUCUGGCCACUCCGGGGGGAGAGGCUGGGAGGUUUGGGAGGCUGCACAGAGAAGCGAGCAAGGUGCUCUCGAACCUGUGCUCAUUUUACAGUCUUUUAUCAGUAAUUUGACCUGGAAUUUUUA